AUGGAAGUCCAUGUUGAGCCACCUCCACAGCCGCCCUCAAAGGACCUGAAGAGUCGAUGGAAGGGUGGGAGAAACCAGGCUGGUGCGCAUGCGCGGGGCAGCACGGCAGACCACGAGGAAGAAAACGUGCUAAAUGAGAUACAAGCAGACACCAGCGGAGCCUCCUACCGGACCACACCGAGCUCCGUGGCAGUUUUGACGGACAGAAUUGUCACUUUGGCUUGUUCCUUCAAUGGACUGAGCAGCAAUGAUCCGGUCAUAUGGGCAGGUCCACCUGACUUUGCUGUGAUAUCGUCUGGAACCACUGUCUUCAAAGGUUUCUCCCGACAUAGGAUCGUGGGGGACGCAAGAAAUGGUGAAUUCAAUCUGGAAAUUCGCGACACGGCCAUAAGUGACACAGGGAAGUACAGAUGUUUCACGGCGUCAGUAGAGAAGGCGGAAGCUGCUACUCUGACUGUCGUAGCUCCAAUGGACGGAGCUCCAGAUAUCACCGGAGCUGAGCUCCCUCUUACAGCCGGGCGCGAGCUCCUCCUGACGUGUCGUUCCCGAGGUGGCUACCCCCCUCCCCAGCUGACCUGGUACAACGGCACCCAGCCCUACAGAUCCACCCGCCCGUCCCAGCCUGGGGACAACGGUGGGACAGAUGUAGAGCUGUUUACACCUGACGUCACACGAUGGGACAACGGCGCAAACUUCACCUGUGUGGCAGACCAGGGGUUUCCCAACCUAGUAAAGACUAAGGCGGCCUCUCGUAUACUCCGCGUGCAUUAUCCGCCUAUGGUGAUCGUCCCCUCCCAUUCCGUCCACGUGCUGGAGGGAAGACCUACCAACCUGACCUGCUACGUGGACGCCAACCCUCGGGCAGCGGUCAGCUGGAAGAAACUCGGGGACGUGCUGCCCAUAGAAAGUGCCCAAAGGGGCAGUACCCUACACAUCCCGAACACAUCCCGGCGAGACAGCGGAGUGUACCAGUGCACGGCGGAUAACGGAGUGGAUCCGACAGGCGUGGGCUCCGUCAGUCUGCAGGUCUUCUAUCCACCUGUUAUUGAGACAACCAUGGAUUCCAAAGUCACAGUUAUGUUACACCGGGAAGACUUCAGCCUAAACUGUCAAGCGGAAGGGAAUCCUAAACCUCAAACCCGCUGGCGGCGGAAGGAUACAAGUUUGUAUUGGGAAAACCCGCUCCGCUUCCACCGGGUGCGCUACGACGUGGAGGGGACGUAUGAGUGCGUCGCAACAAGUGACGGUUUCCCCGCUGCUAAGAGAGAUGUUCGUAUCGAUGUCGUUGGUCAGCCGCAAAUCCAGAGCGGAUCGUCCUUCGUGUCCACUAGGGUCAGUGGUUCCGCCCGCUUCCACUGUGACGUCACGGCAGAUCCGCUUCCCGACCGCAUCACCUGGUCCAUGAGUAACAAACUGGGACAGGAGAUCACCCUGGUUACAACCAAUAACGGCAUCUCCAUCGACGAGAGACCCACGCCGGAUGGGAGGUCGAGCGUGCUGUCACUGACAGACGUUAGCGAGGAUGAUGAGGGGACCUACAUCUGCAAGGCUUCUAAUAUGUUUGGCUCACACCACAAGGAGAUCCGCCUGGCAGUCAUAAAAGGAAGCUCCAUGGCUGUCGUUAUUUCUGUGUCCGUUGUGAUCCUUGCCGUUGCCACGGUUAUGAUUAUUUUCGUCUGUGUGGCACGAGCACGAGGCUGGGUCUGCAAUGGUGAGGAAGCAGCUGUGCCGGUUCCCCACUCGAAGCCAGUGCCCCCUCUCCCUAAGUACGCCCGGAAACCUGGUCACGGCACCAACGACUCGGGCGUGGAGGAUCUGCUGGAGCUGCAGGAACUGGACGGGACCCUGAAGCCGCGCCCGCCGCCCCGCACAGACAAGGAAUGGACGGCUGUGGGAUUAUCCUACACCGGUCUGGCCCACCCUGCAGCACUCCCGUCCUACUCCUCUUUAGAAAGACAGCGGCCUGACGGACAGGAUAUCAUCUCACCAGAGUGUAUUAUGGAGGAGGGACAGGGGGAGGAUGUGGUCGCGGUACAGGUAGACCCACCGCUGCCGCCUCCUAAGAAGCGACAGAAGAUGUGGAAGAGACGGGGUGACAGAGGUCCACAGAACCAUCACGAGGCAGAGAACGUUCUGAAUGAGAUACAGGCGGAGAGUCUGUAGGUCCAUGUCUGGGCUGCUACCCGGGAAAUCCGUAUCAGCAGGGGGUAAAUAGAGACGGACGAGCUGUUAUGUACCAUGUUGGGAUGGAGCGAAUGUGAAGCUGUGAGACAAGUACCAUUCUCCUAGAACUGUCGUAGUUCAGUACAACAUUUGUCAGUCAUAUGUCAGUCAAUUGCUAUGAAGAAAAUACUAGCGGUCUAGCUGUUAGUAGUACUCACCCAGUGUUUUAAGUGCGUAGUACACUUUAAGCAAUUAUGUACCUCCCCUUAUGUCAGUAAAAAGUACAACACUUUUAUUGUCAGCGCAGUACUAGUAGCCAUGAAUAACUAAGUCAGUAAUGAUGGACUGAUAGACACAGCAUCUGUUGGAAAGGGAAGGCAAUGCAAAGGCCAGGCAGCUAUAUAGGAUAUGUCUACAUUUAGAGACUUGAAAUGUUCGUCGACUUACGAUGUAAUCUAGAUCACAUGUGAGUGUGAGCAGUACUUUUGUUGCAACAUAAUGGCUAUGAGUGGUAAGUGAAAACAUUAUCCAAUACAGUGUGGAAAAAUCAUAGAGAGCGGAGAGAAAAAAUAAAGAUAAGUGCAAAAUGUAAAUGUAUUGUACAGACUGAGAUUCCCCAAAGUAAAAAAAAAAUAUCAUAAAUGCCGAGAUGUGAUUGAUAGAAAAUAUGCGAUGGUUUUUGACCAGAAGAAGAUGAGUUCCUCCGUAUAGAUUACAUGUAACAAGUUAAGUCUUGCUGUACUAUAACGAUAUUUGCCGAAAACUGUUACACAAUUUCAUGACCGCCAAGCCGGUAAUACACUAAAACUACAGGUUUAAGACCGUUUAAUAGUUCAUAUGCAGAUAUUUUGGAUGAUUUAAUGUGAAGAAAAAUCCACCGGUGGUUGAAACAAAGCUAACUUUAUCUGUUGACCUCACAGUUUCUAAAUAAAGAAAUUCUGUGUGCA